AUGAUCUCUAAGAUCUUGGCUUCUAGAUUGCAGAAAGUCAUGUCAUUCAUCAUCGGUAAAGCUCAAGCAGGUUUCAUUCCUGGUAGAAAGUUUGCUGACAAUAUCAUCCUAGCUCAUGAACUAGUGAUGGAGGAGAUUGGUUUCCCUGACAUGUUUAUCAAAUGGAUAAUGGAAUGCAUCAAGACAGUCAACUAUACUAUCCUUGCUAAUUUGGGUAAAAGUUCAGUGUAUUUUGGUAGGGUGAAACAAGAUGUGAAGGAGCAGAUUUUGGCUCACCUGGGAUUUGAACAAGGAUCACUGCCCUUCAAAUACCUAGGCAUUCCUCUAUCUAUAAAGAAAAUAGCUCUCAUACAAUGGCAGACUUUGAUUGAAAAGAUUACAGCCAAGAUCUCUUCAUGGACUGCUAAAAAGCUAUAUUAUGGUGGUCGUGUGCAGUUGGUUCAAUCUGUUAUUUUUGGCAUUCAAGCUUACUGGGCUCAAUUGUUCAUCUUGCCUGCUAAGGUAUUGAAAAUGAUAGAGGCACUCUGCAGAAGCUACAUCUGGUCUGGAACUAACACAAUAACCAGGAAGGCAUUAGUAGCAUGGGAAAAGAUAUGUACCCCUAAGUCAGCUGGUGGACAUAAUCUCAUAAACCUUCUUCUGUGGAACAAAGCAGCAAUUGCUAAAAUAUGCUGGGACUUAGCUCACAAACAAGAAAAAUUAUGGAUAAGGUGGAUCAAUGCUUACUACAUCAAACAGCAGCAGCUACAGCAUAUGCCAAUCCCAUAUCAAGCAAGUUGGAUGGGUACUGUCAUCAGUGCUAUAGACAGUGCCUUGCGCCGAAAAGACAGUGCUACAGACAGUGUUACAGGCAGUGCAAGGUGCAUGCCUAGAUGCUCCUUGAGAACUGGUGAACUAUUUGAAGGUUUCUUAGAUCCUGAGAAAGCAUUCCGUACACUAAAUUGGGCUAACAAGAAGAGCAAAUAG